UAACCAUAUAAACCGUUUUUUUUUGUACAUUUCUCAGGAGGGAUGCAGCCACGACCAGCUCGGAGGUUACAAGAAGAAGUCAGACGACAACAUCGGACAAAAAGAACGACAAAGAAUCCACCGCGAGUCUCAGGAAGUCAGAGACAAAGACCUCGAGAAGUGAGAAGAUCGUCGACAAGAAAGAUCAGAAACCUGCAGAGAAACAGACAGGAAGUGGAGAGGAAGAGGGCAACACCUCCAGUCAGAAAACAACAACAGCAGAGAAGAAGAAGGAGGUGAAGACGGACGAACAGAAGAAUGACGUUUCAAGUAAAAUCCCAGAGGAAGUGAAGGAGAAGAAAGAGGAAGAGAAGAAAGACGAGAGGAAAAUCAUCGGGAAAAUCGUGAAGGCGACGCCAGGACAAGGAGCGAAAGUCCAGAUGAAGACGAUGAUGGGAGGAGUGACGAUGGAGCAGGAGAGGAAGAGGAAGGAGGAGGAGAAGAAGAAGGAGGAAGAAGGGAAGAAGGAGAGGACAUCUGAGGAUAGAAAAGUGGACGACAAAAAAGACAAGAAGGGAACGGAGGGCAAAAAGGAAAAUGAGGCGAUGAAAAAAAUCGAAGACGAGAAAAAACCUACGUCCAAAACUUCAGAGAAGAAAGAAAGCAACGCGGAGAAAAUAGCCACGAAAGACCAGAAGAAGAAAGAUGUGUCUGACGGGAAAACAACCGCAGAGCAGACGACUAAACCACAGAAGAAGAAAGAAGAAACAGAGGUGAAGAAAACAGCCACGAAAGACCAGAAGAAGAAGGAGGAGAAACCUGAGAAGACAGACGGAAAAACAUCCGCUGAGUCGGACAAGAAAUGCACCGAAGACACGAAACCACAGAAGAAGAAAGAAGAAACAGAGGUGAAGAAAACAGCCACGAAAGACCUGAAGAAGAAGGAGGAGAAACCUGAGAGAGGUUCUGAGAAGACAGAUAGAAAAACAUCCGCUGAGUCGGACAAGAAACCACAGAAGAAGAAAAGAGAUGGAGCAUCGCAGUCUGAGGACGAGGAGAAGAAGAAGAGGAAGAAGAGUUCAGAUGUUUCCAUGAAGAGCGGAUCGUCGGAGCAGAAGAAGAGCGUGGCGGCCACGGCGGCCAUGACACUAACGGACUCAACGCUGCACCGUAUCCAUGGAGACAUCCGGAUCUCUCUGACGCAAAACCCCGACAUCAGUAAGUGUCUGCUGGCUCUGGAUCAGCUCAGUAUGCUCCUCGUCACGUCCAAACACGUGAAGAGACACAGCGAGCUGAUCGCCACGCUCAGGAAGCUGCGGUACUACCGGGCGAACCAGGCCAUCAUGGACAAAGCUUCGAUGCUUUAUAACCGUCUGAAGAACUCCUUCCUGGUGGGCGAGGGCGAGGAGGUGGUGAGCGCCGCCUUCCUGCAGUCCCUCCUGCAGGAGAACGAGAGGGGGGAGGAGCAGAGGGUGAGGAAGAGGAGGGAGGAAGAGGAGGCCAAGACUGAAGCUGCAGUGGUCUGUCCCUGAAUCUUCACUGUUCUUUAAGCAGAGCGGACCGUACCAAGUCUAAUCCGAGGGGUGGCCAACAAGAUCUCCCACAUCGCAUUAAACACCUCUAAUAAUAUAUUUCCUGUUACGAUGGCGGUUUGUUUUAACAAGUGCCGUAAAUACCGACUUCACCACAGCAGUGUUCAUCUCUCACACUAACUCAACACGUCAGCAUUAAACACAACGUUUUACCGUCUCUUUUUCAAACCUCACCUUGUGGGGUUU